AUGUCUACAAGAUGCGAAUGUUGCGAUAUGACGGAGGAAUACACGGCGGAGUAUAUACAGAGUGUUCGGAAUCUCUUCGCCGGAAAAUUUGUAUGUGGACUCUGUUCCGAGGCGGUGAAGUACGAGAUUUUCCGGCGAUGUGUCGGAGUCGAUGAAGCUUUAGCGAUUCACAUGAGUUUUCACGGCGAGUUUGUUGCUUCUUCUCUCUCUCCGACGAUCGAUUUCAUAUCGGCGAUCGGAGAGAUGUUUAGGAGAAGACUGAUUCUUGAUUUGCCGAGAACGACGUUAGCUUCGACGGACAUAGCUCCGGUGAGUAUUGUGGCGGUGGAAAGUGGGGGGAUUUGUGCUGCGGCGGUGAUUGGUGGGACUGGAAGUUGUUUGCCUGCUUUGUCCGGAGGUGUGUAG